AUGUCUACCCUACUGAGGACGUUGCGGAACCUCCGCAAAGUUGGCAUCAAGGAUUAUGCCCACCAGCUUCAGAACAUCGGCGACACGAAAGCUGGAACCUUCAUUGCCAAGGACCGCUACGGCAACAAGUACUUCGAGAACUUGGAGCAGGAACUUCCCUUGAGAACCCGAUGGGUGGACUACAAGGACAAGGAAUACGACCCGUCACAAAUCGAACCGGGAUGGCACGCCUGGAUGUCCUACAUGGUCGACAAACCCCCAACCGAAGAUCCAAUUCUGCAACGUCUAGUUCGCGACUGGGAACCCAAGGAGCACCGGCCUACGUUGACAGGGAGUCGCUCGGGAUACAAGCCGUACAGCACAGUCAAGCCCAAGUACUCUGGGUGGACGCCGGUUGCGAAGGCGCGGCAAUAGGCAGCAAACGUUGGAGCUGGAUAGCUGACAUCUGGUCAUGUAAAUAGCAGCAAUGCAUACUCAUUGGUCGAAAGUCCGUGUCCUUCCUUUUCUGACCCGACGGGUUCGGGUCGAGUGCGGCUGUGAUCAGCACUACACAUAUGGUGGCUCUGCGCCGUUGAACGCCCCAUCUGACCGGUGAAAAUUGGGGCGGCUUUACCUGCUCCUUGCCAGUAGAGAGUUUUAUGAUGAUG